AUGGAUACCAUCUUGGUUUUCAGCCUAAUCAUUAUAUUCUGUGAUGUUAGCAAGAAAGAACUCAAAGAUAGCAGCUGCCAUGUGGAACAGCUGCCUGGGCUCUUCCCAAAGGAUGUGAGAAGGGAUGUGCUAAUGCAAAGUAGCGAAUGGGCCCUUCCUGAAAAAUCAUUUUGUCAUUCCAGAUACUCUGUACCUUUAAAAGAGGCCCAUCUCCCCUAUUCCCAGCCCAGAUCUUGUUUACCAGGGACCUCCCAAUGUAAGGUCUAUGAAGUGAUGGGGGCUGCAUCAGAGACUUUUCCCACCACCACCUCCAUAACUCUUGGGAAUAAAGAAGGAGAGAAAACUACAAAUAUUGACGAUUUUUCUAGCCCUUUGAAACAAGAGGAGAAUCUAGAGAAGAGGCAGAAAUGGAGUACUGUGAUCAAAUUUCUGAUUGCUGUUACCCUGUUGUUUAGUGGAGUCGCCAUUAUAGUGUUUGCCGUUUUUGAAGUCCCUUGCCCUGGUCAAUGCCGAGGAGCCAGAGAGCUAUGCCAAUGCCAGAGGUUGUGCAGAAAGCAAAGGAAGGAAGGCCAGGAACCUGAGGCAGCUGAAUCCCAGCUUGAAUUUCAACCCAAGAAGGAAAGUGGUCUCUGUGUUGGAUGAGAUGCUCCCAAGUCAUCAAGUCCAAAGAGAGCUGCAGGGAUCACUGUCAUCCAUGAGACAUACUUCUGA